GACCUUUAUAACUCGCAAAGCUUUGAAAAGUUCCCCAGACUUUCUUUGACUCAUACCUAUCAUUGGGUGAGUCUUCAGUGAAUGCGAUCUUUUUGUAGCCUUACAAGAAACAUUGUUCUCAAACCAAAACUAAACCCACAGCUCACAUUUCGAACCUUUACAGCUACAACACCCCACCAUAAAUACCAAACACCAAUACACAAGAAGGACAAAAUAAUGUCGACCACUACCACCCUCAAGGGCCAGCCCCUUGAUCGUCAAGUCCUCGAUUCCAUGUUGAGGCGGCGUAUGUUCUACACUCCCUCUUUCGAAAUCUAUAAUGGAGUCGCUGGUCUUUAUGAUUAUGGUCCUCCCGGUUGCGCCUUGCAGGCAAACGUUAUUGACUUGUGGCGCAAACAUUUCGUCUUGGAAGAAGAUAUGUUGGAAUUGGACUGCACAGCACUGACUCCAGCUGAAGUUCUUCAAACUAGUGGACAUGUUGAGAAGUUUGCAGAUUGGAUGUGCAAAGAUCCUAAGAACGGCGAUAUCAUGCGAGCGGAUCAUUUUGUUGAAGACAUACUUGAGUCGAGGUUGAGAGGAGACAAGGAAGCUAGAGGUGUUAAAGUUGUCGAGGAAGAAGAGGACCCAUCAAAGAAGAAGAAGAAGAAGAAGACUAAGGGAAUUGAAGCUGUGAAACUCGAUGAUACAGUUGUUCAAGAAUACGAGGAGAUUUUGGCCAAGAUCGAUAAUUACAAUGGAGAAGAGCUUGGUCAAUUGAUCAAAAAGUACGAGAUGAAGAACCCAGAAACUGGCAUGGAGCCUUCCGCACCAGUGGCUUUCAACCUUAUGUUCCAGACUGCAAUUGGCCCAAGCAGUAAUACGCCAGGUUAUUUACGCCCGGAAACUGCCCAGGGUCAAUUCCUCAACUUCGCCAAGCUCCUCGAGUACAAUCAACAGCAAAUGCCAUUUGCUUCUGCUUCCAUUGGCAAGUCAUACAGAAAUGAAAUCUCUCCCCGUGGUGGUUUACUGAGAGUUCGAGAAUUCUUGAUGGCUGAAAUUGAACAUUUUGUUGACCCCGAAGGCGGUAAGAAGCAUGAACGUUUCAACGACGUCAAAGAUGUAGAGCUUGUUUUGUUGAAUCGUCAUACUCAAUUAGCUGGCAAAACCGAUGUUGAAAAAAUGGCCAUCGGCAAGGCUGUUGAAAACGGUACUGUCGACAACGAGACCCUUGGCUACUUUUUGGCACGAAUCCAGCUCUUCCUUGCAAAGAUUGGUGUCGAUCAAUCCAAAGUUAGAUUCAGACAACACAUGGCUAAUGAGAUGGCUCAUUAUGCUGCAGAUUGCUGGGAUGCUGAGUUGCAUACCAGCUCUGGUUGGGUUGAGUGUGUUGGUUGUGCCGACAGAAGCGCUUAUGAUCUCAGCGUACACGCAAAGAAGACUGGUGCGGCUUUGAUGGUCCGUCAAAGAUUAGAUACCCCAAUCAGUGUCGAGGAGUGGCAAGUUGAUCUCGACAAGAAGAAGUUUGGCCCUAAAUUCAAGAAGGAUGGUAAGGCUGUUGAGGCUGCCAUUGAAGCUUUGUCACAAGAAAAGCUAGAGUCCCUUGCAAAGGAACUCAAAGAUAACGCAAAGAUUAUCAUCGAGGUCGAUGGAGUUGCUGAUGGUAAAGCCGAAGUUGGUGCUGAUCUUAUCAAGAUUGAGCUCCGAACCCGGGUUGAAAACACCAGAGAAUAUACUCCAAAUGUAAUUGAGCCUUCAUUUGGUAUCGGUAGAAUUCUGUACGCCUUGAUGGAGCACAACUACUGGACCCGUGGUAGCGAAGGUGGCGAUGAAGCACGUGGUGUCCUCUCAUUCCCACCAAUUGUUGCUCCCACUAAAGUACUGCUCGUUCCCCUCUCUUCUCAUGAGAGUUUCAAGCCCUUCUUGAAGCAAAUCUCAUAUAAACUCAGAUCCAUGGGUGUUUCUAGCCGUAUUGAUGAUUCUUCGGCAUCCAUUGGCAAGCGUUACAGUCGAAACGAUGAACUUGGUACCCCUCUGGGCAUCACCGUUGACUUCCAAAGUGUCAACGAUAGCACAUUCACACUGAGAGAUAGAGAUUCCACCAAGCAAGUCCGUGCAUCCCAGGAGAAGAUCCUGGCGGCUAUCAAAGAGUUGGUUGAUGGCACCAAGGUUUGGGCAGAUAUUGAGAAAGAAUUGCCAAUCUUCGAGGGUCAAGAGGCUGAUCUUCCUACUCGUUAAGAGACAGAAAUGUCUAGAUUUCGCGAAAUGUUUAUUAGACGUUACCAGAUAGGCAUGUGGAGACCUUGUAGGUUAAUCCUUGAGGAGCUCAGAGAAUUUGAUGUCACACAUAGAUUGUGAUAUUAUAUCGCGCCAGAUGAUAAAAAUAACAAUUCAUUAACGUCUA